AUGCAGCUGUUAAAACUGUUGAUACUGUUAUUCCUGUCUUUGAAGUUCAACUCUCAUGUCUUUGGUUACCCUCUCAUGACAGUGGGCAGCGAGAUAACCCAUGCUUCUCUGGGUGGUCUGGGCCGAGGCGCAGACGAAAUUACCGAUGCUGCAACCUUUGUAAAGCCUGGACUGCAGGGCGAUCAUGCCCUGAGUUCUUCAGCUUUGAGUACAGGGACUGGAAAGCAAAUUCCAGAAGUUACUGACUCACUUUUCGAUGGAAGGCAAGGUCAAACGUCAAGGGACGCAUCAUUUUUUGAAAAUCCGACGCCUGUCACAGACAAGCCUACCGCGGAUAUCUUUUUUCGCAAACCCACACUUCCUUAUAAACCCCCCACUUACAAGCAAGCAGUCAGCGGUCAAGUACUUCAUAGUAGACUUAAACCUGAGCAAAUUGACAAACUUCAACCCGAAGAACUUGUAGAAUACUUAUCAAAUUUCAACCCAGAAGUCAAAGCUAGUAGAGAGGUUUGGCGGAACGCAGACCAAGAAGUCAAAGACGCUGAACUUGAACUUUCUAAUGCUGCUUGGACCGAAUUCCAAGUGAGACAUCCUGUUCCCGGAAAAAAUCUUGACGACCUAUUGAAAGAAGCAAGAGAGGCAGAAGCCACUGGCAUAGUGAAGAUUCCGGAGAAUGCAAAGGCGGAUAUCGAAAGUCACAGAGCUGAAAUGAGACGAAUCGCACCGAGCUCUGCAAAGGAUGAGACUCUUGACAAGGUUUUCGUCAGAAGACUUGCAGAAUAUUACGGAAUAUCAACAAGAAAAGUAGACAUUGCCAUCCAGGAUGCGAAAGAAGCGAAAGAUGAUGCUAUCAUGUUAGCUGAAAUGCGUAAAACAAGUGGCUAUCCACUCAUGGACAGGAUGAAAAUAUAUUCUCAAAAACUCGCAGCCUCUAUCCAAAAAUUCACCGCCAAAUUCAGCUUCAAAUGGCCAUGGCGAAGGUCUGCUGCUCCCAAUACUCAGAAUCAGCCUUUUCGUUUGAGUCAGGACCAGCGAGCAGCUUUACGGCAAGGGCUUCGUCGUAACAGAAAUUCGCAGUAG